AUGGUUUACAAAUUUGAGGCUGUGCCUUGGGGAUUAAAAACCGUAUGGUAUUUUUAAGAACUCAAAGAUUCGGUGCCCUAAAUUCUUACUAUUGUAAACAAGAAGAAAUUCGAUGCCAUCAUUAUGCCCAUUUUCCCAGCCAAUUUUGAAAGAGAAGGAAAUAUUAAUGAUUUCAUCAAGCAUUCUUAUUUAAAAUCAGAAUUAGAAGUUAAAUCCGAUGACAUCUAGAAGUUGCACUUUCUAAUCUCCAACCUCAGUCUAAGCGAUGAGAACAAAGAGGUGAGAAAAAGGAAUAGAGAGAUAUUGAAAUAGGAAAUACAAUUUGCAGCAUAUUUGGGUGUACCAUCAAUUAUUUUAAGUUCAAAUAGUGAUCCAGUUAAACUAGCCAAAUUCAUAAGAAAAAUGGCUACCAAAUAUUUCAUUGAUUUGAACACAUUUGUGUUGGACGUAGAAAUCACAAAGGACUGGAUUAAGUAUAACCAAAUUAGAUAGGAAUUAUAAUUCAAUAUCCCAAUACUCCUUAGAUUAAAGAAGGAGAUGACAACAAAGAAUGAGCAAAGAAAAUGGUUAUCUGAAAACAUACGAUUUGUGCAUUUGAAUCAAGAUCUCUUUUCAAUGAAUGAUCAAGGAGCUCCAAAAUUGGAUGAUAUCUAAAACUAAUUUUUGACUUCAUAUUUCCAAUUUGAAAACUACAUUUCAAUAUCUGCCAAAUCCCCUUAGAUAGAUUUGGCUGAUCAUAGAUAAUACUUGAUUCAUCUAUUCAAAAAUUAAUAGCCCUUAUCAGAGCAAGCCCAUUUAGCAUCUGAAUUUUUCGAUGAAUUAUAAAUACCUCUUUAACCAUACAAAGAUAAUUUGAAUUCAGGAACCUAUGAGGUCUUUGAAUAGGACAAAAUAAAAUAUGAUUUGUAUGAGGAUGCUUGCAGAAAAUACUUGAAGAAUGUCAAAAAGGCUGAGAUCAAUAUUUUAAUGGCAGGUGCAGGAAGAGGAGGUAUUUUGGAGAGGGUGAUUUUCGCAGCUUAAGGUGCAAAAUGCAAAACAAAGAUAGUGGCAUUAGAGAAAAAUCCAUAUGCUUAUAUGACAUUAGUGUUUUAAAAGAAGAGAUAAAAGUAAUGGAAGGAUGUGGAAAUAGUUUUGGAUGAUUUAAAAUCUUGGUAAACUGAACUAAAGUUUGAUCUAAUUGUUUCUGAAUUAUUGGGUAGUUUUGGAGAUAAUGAAUUGUCACCCGAAUGUUUGAUGUGGGCUUAAAGGUUUUUAUAACCAGAUGCUGUAAGUAUUCCUUGUGAUUCUGUCUCAUACUGUGUUCCUGUAAGUUGUCCCCAAUUGCAUGCAAAGGUUAAAAAGAGCUAUGGAUAUGAUUCUAGCUAUGUCGUUCAUUAUUAGAAGUAUUACACAAUACAUGACAUUUAAAAAUGCAUGCAAUUUAAACAUCCAGAUUUCAACAACGAAAAUCAAUUAGCAUAGGAACAAAACUUGGUUUUUGAGUGUAAACAGGAUUUGUUGAUUCAUGGAAUGGCUGGGUAUUUCACAUCCAAAUUGUAUGAGGAUAUUGAACUCAGUACACAUCCAAAUAAUAGUACUCCAGAUAUGUAUUCUUGGUUCCCUAUUUAUUUUCCAUUUGAGAAACCUGUAAACAUAGCAAAGAAGCAGAAGUUGAAAUUCACAAUUAAGAGAGUGAACAAUGAGGAAGGGGUUUGGUAUGAGUGGUUUAAUUCAGUGUUGAGUGAGGACGAUUAAUUGUUGGAUGGAAGUAGAAUUCAUAAUGAGAAUGGGAAAAAAUAAAUAAUUGAAAUUAAAUGA